AAAUACCCUCCUACCUGCUGGAGACUUUUCAACAAAACUAUUAGCAGCCAUCUUUGUUGACAGCCAUUUGAAACCCUAAAAUCUUAUUCCAAAAAUUUCAUCGUUAACAGUUUCUCUCUCUAUUUUCCGUCAUAGUGAGCUCGCCACUACGUCCAACUCCGCCGUUCUCGGGGAUCGCCGGAGCGAGAGACUACUGCGUCACGUACGAUUCAAUCUGAAAUCAGCCUCAGCUCCAAAAUGGCGAGUCCAGUCGAAUCAUUAAAUUCCAUUGCUUCGUCAAUCUCAACAUCAUCCACCAAACGCCGAAUUCAGAUUUUCCGAAAUGAGAUUCCUAACAUUCUCAGUAAUUCUGAGAUGACAACUGAAAUUGCUUCCCUGCUGGUAGAAGUAGUUUUCAAAACAGUAUUUAUUUAUGAUGAUCGAGGAUCAAGGGCCGCAGUGGAUGAUGUGAUUAUCAAAGCAUUGGGUGAAAUUGCUUUUAUGAAAGCUUUUGCUGGAACCCUUGUACAAUUCAUGGAAAAACAGUUCAACUUCCAAUCCUAUAUAGGGUGCCACAGACUCUUAAGUUGGUCUUGUCUUCUCCUAACUAAUAGCCAGUUUUCCUCUGUAUCAAAGAACGCAGUUUGUCGACUAGCGCAAGCACAAGCAUCAGUCUUGCAUAUUGGCAUGCAAGGCUCGCCCCAUGUCAGAAGGACCUGCAAAAAAAGCUUAUUCUUUUUGUUUUCAAAGGCACCAGAUAUUUACAAAACUUUCAUGGAGGAACUAAGGGAUUCAAGGAUCACUUACAAGGAUUGUCCUGAGCUUAUACUCUUGAUGCUAGAAUUUUCAAGUGCAAAUCCACCUUCAUUUGAUCAAUGGAAGCAAAAUUUUCUUGAGAUGUAUGUUAAAGCUAUUCUAAAUGCAAGAGAAAAACCACCAAAGGGCCUCAGUGAUGCUUUCAUUCCAUUAUUUUCUCGUUUGACACAUGAUGAUUUUAAGAACACUGUCAUUCCCUCAUCUGUCAAGAUGUUGAAACGAAAUCCGGAGCUUGUCUUGGAAUCAGUUGGAAUCCUUUUGCAAUCUUCCAAACUCGACUUGAGUAAAUAUGCCGUAGAGAUUCUUUCAGUUUUAUUGACACAGGCAAGACAUGCAGAUGAAGCUAGAAGGAUUGCUGCGUUAUCCAUCGUAAGGUGCUUAAGCAUAAAAUCUAGCAGUCCAGAUGCUAUAGAAGCGAUGUUUAAUGCAGUCAGAUCGGUUAUUGGAGGUUCGGAAGGAAGGCUUACAUUUCCCUAUCAGAGAGUUGGCAUGAUAAAUGCACUGCAAGAAUUAUCAAAUGCCCCAGAAGGAAAACACCUUAACAGCUUGUCAACGACUAUUUGUAAUUUCCUUCUGUCCUGUUACAAGGAUGAUGGUAAUGAAGAGGCCAAGCUUGCAUGCUUAUCUUGUUUGGCUGCUUGGACCACACGAUGUGCUGAUGCUAUUCAGCCGGAUGUCAUAUCUCUCAUUGCAUCAGGGCUCAAAGAGAAGGAAGCACUUAGAAGAGGUCAUCUUCGCUGCCUGCGAGCAAUGUGCCAAAAUGCUGAUGCUCUUCCACAUAUGUCCUCUCUGCUGGCAGCUCUUAUACAACUUGUUAAAUCUGGUUACACAAAAGCAGCACAACGGUUGGAUGGAAUUUAUGCAUUGCUCUGUGUGGCUAAACUUGCUGCAGUGGAUGUUAAAGCAGAUGAGACUAUAAUAAAGGAGAAAAUUUGGUCAUUGGUAUCACAGAACGAGCCGUCAGUUGUGCCAAUUCCUCUGGCCUCAAAAUUAUCAACCGAGGACUGUUUGGCUUGUCAUGACCUUUUUGAGGUGAUGCUGGUAGAUCAUUCACGAAGGGUAUUGGAGACUUUUGAAGUUAAGACAUUAAUGCAGUUUAUACUCUUUUUACAAUGCCAUCCAAGUUGGGAUAUCCGGAGAGUAGCUUAUAAAUCUACGAGGAGGAUACUUUCUGCUACCCCGCAGUUAUCUGAAACUUUAAUGGUUGAAUUUUCAUGUUACCUCUCUGUUGUUGGUGAAAAGGUUCUUCAAAUGAAGAUGAGCGAAAAUGAAAAUUUAUUGGAUGCUCAAGUUCCAUUUGUUCCAUCUGUUGAGGUUAUGGUCAAGGCUUUGAUUGUAAUGUCGUCUGCUACUUUGGCUGCUGCACCAAGUGCGUGUUUGCAAGUUGUUUUUUGCUCGCAUCAUCCAUGCCUAAUUGGCACAGCUAAAAGAAAUUCUGUGUGGAGGAGGGUGCAAAAAUGUUUGCUAAAACAUGGUAUUGAUGUCAUUGGUCUUGUCACAACUAAUGUGGUUGGCUUGUGCAAGGGUUUGUUGGGAUCGACGGGUCUGCUGAGUGGUAACCAUUUUGAGCAAGAGGCAGCAAUAAACUCCUUAUCAACUUUGAUGUCCAUGUUACCUAAAGAAACCUACACGGAGUUUGAGAAGCACUUCAACAAUCUUCCAGACCGUAGCACGCAUGAUAUGUUAUCUGAAAAUGACAUUCAGAUUUUUCAAACUCCUGAAGGGUUGCUUUCUACUGAACAAGGUGUUUACAUUGCUGAAUCUGUUGCAACUAAGAACACAAAACAACCAAAAGGGCGUUUUAGGCUUUACGAUAAUAGUGAUGGCCCUGACCAAAUGAAUUCUAAUCAUACUGUAAGGCGUGAGCCCUCUAGCAAAGAGGUUACUGGAGUGGCGAAAAAAGAAUGGUGGAAAAUCAAUCAAAGAAAGACUGAAGUUACCACCACGAAGAAAAGAAGGAUGUGGAACAAAAUCCCUGCAUGCAUAUGCUGGAUAAUUUGGAAGGAGAGAAACUGGAGUCAGGUGAAGUUUACCAAUCCUCUACUACGGUCACCAAUAGUUGGUGAUGUAGCGUAUGGAACGCUGGUGAAGCUUUCGAAGUGUACUGCUGCUCCUCUUUGUAACUGGGCUCUUGAAAUUGCAACAGCAUUAAGGUUAAUUAUGUCAGAGGAUGUUAAUGUCUUAUGGGGUCAAAUUCCUUCUGCUGGUGAGGAGGUAUCAAAUGAAAGGCCUGGUCUCUUUGAGCGUGUGACAAAUGGCUUAUCCGUCUCUUGCAAAACUGGUUCUAUCCCUGUGGAUUCGUUUACUUUUGUUUUCCCUAUAAUGGAGAGAAUAUUGUUAUCUCCCAAGAAGACCAGACUUCAUGAUGAUGUUCUCAAGAUAAUAUUCUUGCAUUUGGAUCCGAUUUUACCCCUACCUAGAGUUCAAAUGCUCUCAGUUCUUUACCAUGUCCUGGGUGUUGUUCCUGCUUAUCAAGCAUCUAUUGGACCGGCACUAAAUGAGUUAUGCCUUGGGCUGCGAUCAGCUGAAGUGGCAUCUGCUCUAUCUGGUGUUUAUGCUAAAGAUAUCCAUGUAAGGAUGGCUUGCUUAAAUGCUGUGAAAUGCAUUCCUGCUGUGUCUCGUCGUUCUGUCCCUCAAAGUAGUGAAAUUGCCACCCGCAUCUGGCUUGCUUUACAUGAUCCUGAAAAGUGUGUUGCCGAAGCUGCUGAAGACAUCUGGGAUCAUUACGGAUAUGACUUAGGGACGGACUACUCAGGCAUCUUCAAAGCUCUUUCCCAUGUUAAUUAUAAUGUGCGAGUGGCUGCUGCUGAGGCCUUGGCUGCUGCUUUAGAUGAAAGUCCAGAUACGAUACAGGAAUGUCUUUCAACGUUAUUUUCUUUGUACAUCCGUGAUGUUGGUUCUGGUGAAGACACCAUCGAUUUUGGCUGGAUAGGCAGACAAGGAAUAGCAUUGGCUUUACUUUCUGUGGCAGAUGUUCUUAGAGCAAAGGACCUUCCUGUUGUUAUGACAUUCCUAAUUUCAAGGGCACUGGCGGAUCCUAAUGCAGAUGUUAGAGGAAGAAUGAUAAAUGCCGGUAUAGUUAUUAUUGACAAACAUGGAAGAGACAAUGUCUCACUGCUAUUCCCUAUUUUCGAAAACUACUUGAACAAAAAGGCUUCAGAUGAGGAGAAAUAUGAUCUGGUCCGUGAAGGUGUAGUAAUAUUUACUGGAGCUUUGGCAAAGCAUUUGGCCAAGGAUGACCCUAAGGUUCACGCAGUUGUGGAGAAGUUGCUGGAUGUACUCAACACUCCUUCUGAAGCUGUUCAGCGAGCUGUCGCUACCUGCCUUUCUCCACUUAUGCAAGCAAAGCAGGAGGAUGCACCAUCUCUGGUUUCUAGGCUUUUGGAUCAGCUAAUGAAGAGUGACAAAUACGGAGAACGCCGGGGUGCAGCAUUUGGACUUGCAGGGGUGGUUAAGGGAUUUGGAAUAGCUUGCCUGAAGAAAUAUGGCAUUGUAAAAGCUUUACAUGAAGGUCUUGCUGACAGGAAUUCAGCUAAGAGUCGUGAAGGUGCACUGCUUGCAUUUGAAUGCUUCUGUGAGAAGCUUGGGAAGUUGUUUGAACCGUAUGUAAUUCAAAUGUUACCUUUCCUCUUGGUUUCAUUCUCUGAUCAAGUUGUCGCGGUGCGUGAUGCUGCUGAAUGUGCUGCUCGGGCAAUGAUGUCUCAGCUUAGUGCUCAAGGAGUGAAACUAAUUCUUCCAUCACUUUUAAAGGGCCUUGAAGAUAAAGCUUGGAGAACCAAGCAGAGUAGUGUACAACUUCUUGGUGCCAUGGCGUACUGUGCUCCACAGCAAUUGUCACAAUGUCUCCCUAAGAUUGUGCCCAAGUUAACUGAGGUGCUUACUGACACUCAUCCCAAGGUUCAAUCAGCUGGACAGACAGCCCUUCAACAGGUUGGGAGUGUUAUAAAGAACCCUGAGAUAUCUGCACUUGUCCCUACUCUUCUAAUGGGUCUUACAGAUCCCAAUGAGUAUACAAAAUACUCCCUUGAUAUUCUCCUCCAGACAACCUUUGUGAAUUCAAUUGAUGCUCCUUCUCUCGCUCUGCUAGUACCAAUUGUACACCGUGGGCUUCGAGAAAGGAGUGCUGAAACCAAGAAGAAAGCAGCACAAAUUGCUGGAAAUAUGUGUUCAUUAGUGACAGAACCUAAGGACAUGAUACCAUACAUUGGACUACUGCUUCCUGAAGUUAAAAAGGUACUUGUGGAUCCAAUUCCUGAAGUUCGAUCUGUUGCUGCAAGAGCCAUUGGUUCUCUUAUACGGGGGAUGGGAGAAGAAAAUUUCCCAGACCUUGUGCCUUGGUUGUUAGAUACGUUGAAGUCUGAUGGAAGCAAUGUUGCACGUUCUGGGGCUGCACAAGGACUAAGUGAGGUAUUGGCCGCAUUAGGAAUAGAGUACUUUGAGAAUAUACUUCCUGAGAUCAUAAGAAAUUGUUCUCAUCAAAAGGCAUCAGUUCGUGAUGGGCACUUGGCGCUCUUUAGGUAUCUGCCAAGAUCUUUAGGCAUCCAAUUCCAGAACUAUUUGCAGCAAGUUCUGCCAGCGAUCUUAGAUGGUUUGGCCGAUGAGAAUGAAUCUGUGCGUGAGGCAGCACUCAGCGCCGGCCAUGUUCUGGUGGAGCAUUAUGCAACCACAUCUUUGCCUCUGCUUCUUCCUGCUGUGGAAGAAGGUAUUUUCAAUGAUAACUGGCGUAUCAGGCAGAGUUCUGUAGAGUUGCUGGGUGACCUUUUGUUCAAGGUUGCUGGGACAUCUGGAAAAGCACAUCUUGAGGGCGGUAGUGAUGAUGAGGGUGCCAGUACUGAGGCUCAAGGACGGGCUAUUAUUGAGGUACUUGGAAGGGAAAAGCGCAAUGAAGUCCUUGCUGCAUUGUAUAUGGUCCGAACCGAUGUCAGCAUAACCGUGCGGCAGGCUGCUUUGCAUGUAUGGAAGACCAUUGUUGCAAAUACCCCGAAAACAUUGAAGGAGAUAAUGCCUGUACUGAUGAGCACAUUGAUAAGUUCUCUAGCAUCUUCAUCCUCUGAAAGGAGACAGGCUUCUGGACGAGCAUUGGGCGAGCUUGUUAGGAAGCUUGGUGAAAGAGUCCUUCCUUCGAUUAUCCCAAUAUUAUCACAGGGUCUAAAAGAUCCUAAUCCAAGUAGAAGACAAGGUGUCUGCAUUGGUCUAAGUGAAGUAAUGGCCAGUGCUGGCAGGAGUCAAUUGUUGAGUUUUAUGGAUGAGCUUAUCCCCACAAUUCGGACAGCACUUUGUGAUAGCAUGCUCGAGGUUCGUGAAUCAGCAGGCCUGGCAUUUAGUACUCUUUACAAGAAUGCUGGAAUGCAAGCAAUCGAUGAGAUUGUUCCAACACUUCUUCAUGCUCUGGAGGAUGAGGAGACCUCAGAUACUGCUUUGGAUGGCUUAAAACAAAUUCUGAGUGUCAGGACCACAGCGGUGCUGCCACACAUCCUCCCAAAGCUCGUUCAUCUUCCACUUUCUGCCUUCAAUGCGCAUGCUUUGGGAGCUUUAGCGGAAGUUGCAGGACCUGGUCUUGAUUCCCACCUUAGUACUAUCCUUCCUGCUUUACUGAAUGCAAUGGGUUAUACUGACACGGAAGUUCAAAGUUUAGCGAAGAAGGCAGCAGAAACUGUUGUGUCAGUUAUUGACGAGGAAGGCAUGGACUCUUUGUUGUCAGAACUACUGAAAGGAGUUGGGGAUAGUCAGGCUUCGAUUAGAAGAAGUUCAGCGUAUCUUAUUGGAUAUCUGUUCAAAAAUUGCGACAUAUAUAUUGGUGAUGAAGCUCCAAACAUGAUAUCCACCCUGAUAAUUUUGCUUAGUGAUUCGGAUUCUGAUACAGUGGUGGUUGCAUGGCAAGCUCUGUCUAGUGUUGUGAGUUCAGUUCCUAAAGAAGUUCUUCCAACAUACAUCAAGUUGGUUCGUGAUGCUGUAUCUACAUCAAGAGAUAAGGAACGUAGGAAGAAAAAGGGAGGACCAGUUCUUAUACCUGGAUUUUGCCUUCCGAAAGCUCUUCAGCCAUUGCUUCCUAUUUUUCUCCAGGGUCUCAUUAGUGGAUCAGCAGAAUUGAGGGAGCAAGCAGCUUUGGGUCUUGGGGAGUUAAUCGAAGUGACAAGUGAGAAAACACUAAAGGAGUUUGUGAUUCCUAUCACAGGGCCCUUGAUUCGUAUUAUAGGUGACAGAUUUCCUUGGCAAGUAAAGAGCGCAAUUCUAUCAACUCUGAGCAUCAUAAUACGAAGGGGAGGAAUAGCCCUAAAGCCUUUUCUUCCCCAGCUUCAAACAACAUUUGUCAAGUGUCUACAGGAUAACACGAGGACAAUACGAUCUAGUGCAGCUCUUGCGCUUGGGAAGCUUAGUGCUCUCAGUACCAGGGUUGAUCCUUUAGUUGGUGAUCUGUUAUCUGGUGUGCAGACAUCAGAUGUUGGAAUUCGUGAGGCUACCCUGACUGCUUUGAAAGGUGUGAUUAAGCAUGCUGGUGGAAGUGUCAGCAUUGCUUCUAGAACACGCGUGUACACCCUCCUGAAGGAUUUAAUACACAACGAUGAUGAUCAGAUAAGAAGUUCUGCUGCAAGCAUAUUUGGAAUUAUUUUGCAGUACCUAGAAGACGGACAAGUUGUUGAAGUACUUGAUGAGCUAUCAAAAUCAGCUUCAUCAUCUAACUGGUGCUCAAGGCAUGGAUCAGUACUUACCAUUUGUUCAAUGCUUAAGCACAAUCCUGACAUAAUUUGUGCUUCUUCAUCAUUCACAUUGAUUGUGAACUGCCUCAAAAGCACCUUAAAUGAUGAAAAGUUUCCUGUUCGUGAAACAUCAACGAGAGCGUUAGGAUUGCUUCUACGUCAACAAAUCCAGAGUGAUCUGUCAAAUUCUACUUCACAUGUGGAAACUCUGGGAUCCAUAGUGUUGGCCAUGCAGGACGAUUCAAGUGAAGUCAGAAGACGGGCUUUAUCUGCAUUGAAGGCAGUUUCGAAAGCUAAUCCUGGUGCAAUUGCCAUCCAUGUUUCAAAAUUUGGCCCUGUUCUGGCUGACUGCUUGAAGGAUGGAAAUACACCUGUGAGACUCGCUGCAGAGAGAUGCGCACUACAUGCCUUUCAGUUGGCAAAGGGUACAGAAAAUGUUCAAGCUGCGCAGAAGUUUAUGACAGGCUUGGAUGCUAGACGAAUAGCAAAGCUCCCUGAACACAGUGAUGACAGUGGAGAUAGCGACAAUGACACCUCAAGUGGCUGACAAGCUUAUGACUGUACAGCACUUUUUUGCCUUCAAAUUACUUUAACCUUAAGGGGUCAAUGAGGCAAGGAAGUUGGAAGCGGAAAUUUUGCUUGAGAUUUGAUAUUUACAGUAACCAUCACAUACAUAUAUAGAUGCGUAAGCAAAUAAGGAUGAGUUUCAUAUUUGCCAAAUUUUGACACCGAGUGGAUUGUUGCUUACCUUUUGUAGUUGUGUAUUAUUGAAAUUGAAUUGCCCUUGAAAAAGGAAGGGAGCUCGCAUUCAUGUAUAAAUUUUGUAAAUUUUCUACAGAUAUAGUAAAUCACCGUCUUCAUUUCCACCGA